AUGGUCAUGAUGGCUUACACUGGAACAACGAAUGAUCAACAACGCGCUAGAUAUCUUGAAGAUAGGAUUGCUGAUCCAAGAUCGAAUAUUUCUAUCGACAGUUUACUUGAUUCCAUAACAGCCUUAAUAUAUGAUUCAGAAGGACUAAAGAAGACAAAAAAUUUUGAAAGUUUUUACACAAAAUAUAAUGUAUCUACACGAGAUAUAAAAGAAAAACGAGUAAAUCUGGAUGAUUUUUCUAUGCUCAAAGUUAUCGGACGCGGAGCAUUUGGAGAAGUACAUCUUGUACGUAAAAAAACAUCUGGACAAAUUUUUGCAAUGAAAACAUUGAGUAAAUUCGAAAUGCUUAAGCGUUCAGAUAGUGCCUUUUUCUGGGAAGAACGUAAUAUCAUGGCAUUUUCAAACAGUGAUUGGAUCGUACAAUUACAUUAUGCAUUUCAAGAUGCAAAGAAUCUUUAUAUGAUUAUGGAUUUCAUGCCUGGUGGUGAUCUUAUUACAUUAUUAACACGAUACGAUAUCAAUGAAAAUUCGGCGAGGUUUUAUUGUGCAGAAGUUGUUUUGGCACUUGAUGCAAUACAUUCAUUAGGCUAUAUUCACAGAGAUGUUAAGCCAGAUAACAUGUUACUUGAUUCUCGCGGACAUUUAAAAUUAGCUGAUUUUGGCACUUGUGUUAAAAUGGAUAAGGAUGGAUUGGUCAGAUCCGAUACUGCUGUUGGUACACCUGAUUAUAUCUCUCCAGAAAUAUUGAAAUCGCAGAGUACAACGGGUGUAUAUGGUCGAGAGGUAGAUUGGUGGUCUGUUGGCGUAUUUUUGUAUGAAAUGCUUGUCGGUGAAACACCAUUUUAUGCUGAGUCUUUAGUUGGUACAUAUCAUAAAAUUAUGAAUCAUCGUGAAAAUCUAAUAUUUCCUGAAGAAGUUUCUCUAUCUGGAGAAGCGAAAAGUCUUAUUUGUGCGUUUUUAACAGACAGAUCAGUUCGUUUGGGAAAGAAUGGUGUAUCAGAAAUAAAAGCACAUACCUUUUUUACUCAAGCGGAAUGGACCUGGGAGACAAUAAAAAAAGCUUCGGUUCCAAUUGUACCACCUUUAACGAAUGAAGAAGACACAAGCAAUUUUGACGAAAUAGAUAAAAAUGAUGCGCCCACCGAAGAAUCAUUUUCUGUUAAUAAAACUUUUGUUGGAAAUCAACUGCCGUUUGUUGGCUUUUCAUUUUCAAAUGAACAACAACCGUUUUUGGAGAGGCGAAAUAUAAAACUUGAUUAUAAUAGUGCUGAAUUUGAACAAAAACUUCAAGAAAGUGAACGUGUCAGAACUGAAUUGGAGACUAGAUUGAGACGUUUGCAUGAUGAUUUGAAUGCUAAAUGUCAAGAUGAGAAAGUGUUAAACACAAAAAUUUUUGAAUUAGAAAGGAAAAAUGUUGUUCUUCAAACAGAAAAUAAAGAAGCUCAACGAAAACAUGAAAUGGAAAUAGAAAAUCGUCGUGCACUCGAAAUCAGUUUGGAAGAAUCACAACGGCAAUUUGAAAAUGAACGAUAUGGAAAAAAUCAAAUGGUCAAUACAAAUCGUGAAUGGACAGAAAAAAUUACAAAUCUAGAGAGACAGCUAAACGAAUCAAAUGAAAAAUUGCGAACAGAAACUGAUAUUGGUAUUCGUCUAAAGAAACAAUAUCAAGAAUUACAAAAGAGUUAUUCACAAAUCGAACGUACACAAACUGAUUUACACGAGAAAUAUCAAGAGUUAAUUGCAAUUAAACUAAAAUUGGAAAAAGAUUCGCUGAAUCAACAAACAACAAUUGAACAAGAAAAAAAUGCAAAAUAUAUGGCACUUGAUAAAAUACAUGAACUUGAAGAAAAAUGUAAUUCAAUGACAAUUGAAAUUGGAAAAUAUAAAGAAAAGGAUUCAUCACAAACAGCACAAAUAGAUGAAUUUCGACAAACAACAGCUGCUAUAGAACGAGAAAAGCUUAAUUUACAAUUUGAAAUGGAGACGAUGAGAACAAAAUUGAUCCAAGAAGAGACGUCACAAAAAAAACUCCACGAACAAUUAGGUGUUGAAAAGUUAAAACGUCCUGUGAUGCAUGUAGAUGAUGGUAAUCAUGAUACGAUUAAAGAACUUGAAAAGAAAUUGGAUUUUGAGCGUUUGUCUGUCAAGAAAGUCAAUGAAGACUUUAUUCAAACUCAGAAAAAUUUACGUAUGUUAGAAAUUGAUUAUAAACAGAUAGUUCAAAAUUAUAAUCAAUUAUCGAAUGAUUGUCAAAUAUUAAAACAAUCGUAUGAUCAAUUAUAUGAACAGAAUGAAAUCGAUCAUCAACGUCGACAACAAUACGAUAAAGAAUCUAAACAAUUACAGCAAACUUUACAAUUGUAUAUUCAAAAAGAAAAACAGUAUCAAUCUGAAAUAAUACAAAUAAGAAAAGAAAAUGAACGAUUAUUAGGGGAACAAAAACGAGCGUGGGAUGAAUAUGAGUUGAUGAAAAAUAAACUGAUUGAUUAUGAAGAACAAUUUGAAGUGGAAAGUAAAUUUUCCGUAUUAUAUCGGACACAAAUGAACGAAUUAAAAGAUGAAAUCAAUGAAUUAAACGACAAAAGUAAACAACUUUAUAAUGAAAAGAAGAAUAUUGAGGAAGAAAGAGAUAAUUUAUUAAAACAAUUGGAAUUAACAAAUGUCAAGUUAAAAACGGAAAGUUUAAAUUUAAAUUUACUUCAAGAACAAUGUGCUGAAUUUGAAAAAGAGAAAAAUAUUAUGAUUAUUGAAGUAGAAGCACUUCAUACAGAUUUCAAUGCCAGAUUAGGUGUACUCGAUUCAGAAAUCAACACAUUUCGUGAUAUGUAUAAUAAAGGACAACAUGAACUUGAACAAUCAAUUAAAGAUCGAGAGAAUCUAAAUUCAAAAUUUAAAACCGCUAUUGAUCAAGUACAUGAUUUAGAACAUCAAGUAAUUGAAUUAAGAAAAAAAGUUCAAGAUGAAAAAACAAAAACAGAAGCUGCUGUGAAAAAACUACAAGAAAUUGUUACAAAUCCCUUGCAAAAGAAUCCAUUUUUACCAAAUCCUAAAGCUGGCCGUCGACAAGAUCGUGAUCACAAUGAACGAAAUCAUGCCAGACGUCUUGAACAAGAAAUGCAAGCGGAACGUAACAAAUAUAAAAAAUUACAAAGUGAGAAAGAAGAAGAAAUAUCAGUAUUGAAUGAUGAUAUAACAAAACUGAAACGUGAAUUGGAUUUGCGACGUGAUGAUAUAGAAAAAUUAAAACGACAAUUAGAAUUACGUGGCAGUAUUGAUAAUGUGUCAUUAACAAGUGAAGAAUUUGAAGAUGAAACAAAAGAUCGAUUGGAAAGUUGGGUUCAGAUACCAACAAGAAACAUUCGUCGUGGUGGUUGGAAACGACAAUUUGCUGUUAUUGCUAAAAAUAAGUUGUUGCUUUAUAAUUCAGAAAAAGAUCAACAAGCUGCACUUUCAAUUGAUAUGGAAAAAUUAUAUCAUGUACGCGCUGUUACACAAGGUGAUGUAAUUCGCGUUGAUGCAAAUCUUAUUCCAAAAAUAUUUCAAGUACUUUAUGAUAGUGAAGGACAGACAUUGCUUAAUUCGACUUCAAUAUCAGGCUCAAAUGCACCGUCACAGGAUCAAAUUCGUGGUGGUAGUGGUGAAAGUAUUGAAUAUAAAGGACAUAAUUUUGUUGUUGUUGCCUAUCGUAUGCCCACAAAUUGUGAAACAUGUAAUCGUCCAUGUUACCAUUUAAUUAGUCCACCACCUUGUCUAGAAUGUACAAGGUGUCAUGUUCGAUGUCAUAAACAACAUUAUGAUGAUAAAGAAGAAUUUAUUCAACCUUGUCGAGUAAACGACAAGUUAUCCGUAAAAGAACUUUUAGUUAUGUGUUCUUCAGAAGGAGAACAAAAACUAUGGAUCACAAAAUUAAGCAGAAAAAUACCUCGUCGUGGUAUCUCCUCACAUGAUCAAUCAGGUUCUUCCAGGACAAGUUCAACAUCAUUUCGUUCACCUAAUACAAGUAUCAGUUCCUCAGCAUCAAAUUUAUUUAAUCAAUCUGGUCAAUCAUCCAAACAAAAAUCAUCAACAUUACCUGCUCGUCCCAAAUAA